AUGGUUAAAUCUGAGAGUUUCUGUGAGGGGAAAACAAAGAAGAAACGAAUCAUUUGCGUUCUUCAAAACGAUAUUGAUCUGCUUAACCCACCUGCUGAGCUUGAGAAGAGGAAGCACAAGCUCAAGCGCCUUGUUCAGUCUCCCAAUUCCUUUUUCAUGGAUGUGAAAUGCCAAGGCUGCUUCAACAUUACGACGGUGUUCAGCCACUCGCAGACGGUUGUGGUGUGUGGAAACUGCCAGACUGUGCUGUGCCAACCCACAGGAGGAAAGGCACAUCUCACUGACGGUUGCUCUUUCAGGAAAAAGGGUCUCGUUCAGUGA